UUUAUAUAGACUGCAGGGAAACCCCACAGCAUUAGAGACAUCCUCUGCUGGAGACCAGAUGCAGCAGACAAUCCAAGAAGGCGACAGAUGUGACAGUCACUCCGGGAUUAACUAAUCAUUUGUUUUAAAGGCAGGAUUCUCCGCAGAAAUCUGGAACAGUCCCUCUCCACCCCCCUAGCACACUUGUUGACUGCUGAGUGGUAUCUGCUGGAUGUAAGCAGAGAGUAGAAGUGCCACUUCGGUCGUUUUCUGGCACAGUUUUUGGGCAGUGGCGCGCUCUGGGAUGCUCUUUGUGGUUAAAGGAGUGUAAAAGUGACUCUUAAGGACUAUUCAAUCUUUCUUGUAUCGUUUUCGGGGGUGUUUUCCCUUGAAAGAAGAGAGUAGAAAAGAGCGCAGUCGCACAUCUCCAACCCCCCUGUGUGCGCCAUGCUGUCCAGCGUGCGCCGGCACAGCCUCCGGCUGCAGACGGAGCUGCACCGGUGGAGCAUCUGCGACCCGGGCGCGCACCACCUCCCGGACGGCCUCUUCGCCCGGGUCCCCGCCUGCAUCUCCCGCUCCAAGUCGUGCGCCAGCUCCGCGGGGGAGUCGGAGGGCAGCCGCGGGAGCUGGUCCUCCUCGGACUCGGUCGUCUCCACGGACUCGGCCGCGGGGGACGCGGGGCCCGGCGGGCCCUACAGGGUGGUGCUGCUGGGCGCCGGCGGGGUCGGAAAGACGGCGUUCAGCAGCAUCUUCGCCGGGGCGGCCGACAGCAUGGACAGCGACGAGUGCGAGCUGUGUGGAGAUGAAGUGUGUGAAAAAGAGAUUGAAGUGGAUGGAGAGCCUGCAGUUGUAACGCUGUUGGACACUUGGGAUGCAGAGACCGGCGGCGAAUGGUCCCAGGAGCACUACAUGCAGACAGGCGAUGCCUACCUCCUGCUGUACUCUAUAACUGACCGCACCUCCUUCCUGCGGGCGUCAGAGCUCCGGAUCACCCUCCGCCGGUUCCGGCCCGCCCGGCACACGCCCAUCAUCCUAGUGGGGAACAAAUGUGACCUGGUGCGACGCAGAGAGGUAUCGACAAGUGAGGGCCGGGCUUGUGCAGCGGUGUUCGACUGCAAAUUCAUCGAGACAUCAGCCGCCAUGCAGCACAACGUCUGGGAGGCUUUCUACGGCAUUGUGCGACAGCUGCGUCUGCGCCGAGACCCCAAGGAGAGCACCAAACAGCGCAGGAACACACACCCCAGCGCGCGGCGCGAGAGCCUCCCCAUGAAGGCCAGACGUUUCCUCGACAAGAUGGUGGCCAAGAAUAAUCCCAGUGUGGCGUUCUGGCUUAAAUCCAAGUCCUGCCAUAAUCUCUCCGUGUUGUAGACGACCCCAAAUCCACAUCGACGCUCUGAGCAGAUGAACGAGUUCCAGGCCGCAGAGAAGAAUCUGUGGAUAGGCCCGCAGGGAAGCCUUCUGCACAGGGGCUUCAGGGUGUUUGGUUAAGGCCCGUGUUCACCGUCCACCCUCCACUCAGCACAGCUGGUGUGUGUGAGAGGUGUUUGAAGCGGGCCUUCGCUGCCUUUAAGCUGUGUGUUGCCGUCUAAACUACACUGGAUAAACUGGACAAUCAGAAGGGGUGUUUUAGGCACGCCGUGGCUAAGAGACUGGACUUUGACAGAUGGAGACUGAGGAAAAGUGAUGUUUUUUAAAUUCCUGUGUCAGCUUUUCCUCCAUAUUCUUUCUUUCCACAUGGCCGUUUUCCAACUUUUGAGAAAUUCUGUUGACUGUUCAUUCCUAAGUGCAAAUAUCACUGGUUGUAAGCUUUAGAUGAUUAUACGUGACUAUUUGCUUCUGUGAUGCCCAUGACGUUCUUUCUUUGACUCUAUUUAUUGUGUAUUGUAUUUUUGCACUUACUGUAAGAACAAAGCAGACUGAUGAUGCGCUGUGUUUUGCUACUUGGAGGCAGUUUGACGUUUGCUCGAUAAAAUAAAGUGACG